AUGAGGAAUCGGGCGUAUGAUUCAAAGGUAAUUACCGCAGUUUUGAUAAUGUUGUCCUUUAAGAUGAUCCGUUUCAAUGUUAAGAACAUAUUUGGCCUGUUCGCCGGUCUUUUCUUCAUCUAUUUGGUCUAUUUGUUAUGGUUCAAGUAUGAAGACCCUAUCCCAGAAUUUGAGGUUGAUUUUGUGGACGUGGUUGGGUAAGUGCCGGGUUUUGUAAUAUUAUUCUAUUUUGUAGAUAUGCCGCCCUGGCUGUGGAAAUGGGAGGGAAGGCAGUGAAAAAAGUGUUCGAAGAGAAUCGACUCAAUAUCCAACAGAAGGGAAACACUGAUGUGGGGAAAGCAGAACUCCUGACCAAGGCGGACUUGGUGUCAAACCAUCUGAUGACUGAUCUUCUGAAGCGAUUCCCUUUAAUUAAAGUCAUUUCUGAAGAAAAGGAUAGUGAGCUUGAGGAUAAAGAGGUCGAAAAGUACAAAGAUGACAAUUAUAAUUUGUGGCUAAACAUCAGGAAUGCGGUAAAGAAAAUCCCGAAUGUGAAAUAUGACCUGAAUAGAAUUGGAAUAUGGAUCGAUCCAUUAGAUGCCACUCAAGAGUUUACUGGUGGGUAUCCUGGCUAUACGACUAAAACAUUUUUAUUUUCUGUGUUAAUCGCAUUUUACAGAAGGACUAGUUGAAUAUGUGACUGUCAUGGCAUGUAUAACCUUGGAUGGGGAGCCAAUCUUCGGAGCGAUCAACAGACCCUUCUUUAACCAGGCCGUCUUUGGAUUAGUGGAAUAUGGCUUGGUUGAUGCUUCCGGGGAGAAAAUGACUGUCCCAUCUGCAGACCAAACCAAGAAGAACAUUGUUGUCUCUAGGUAUAUAUCUUAUUUUCCUGCUUUUUUUGGAACUUCAAAGUAUUCUUUAUGGUCUGCCGGGUAAACGCUCACUUUAGAUCCCAUACCGGAAAGGUGAAAGAAAUCGCUGAAAAGGCCUUUGGGGGCGAAUAUACGGUCGAACCCGCUGGCGGUGCUGGAUAUAAGGCCCUUAGAGUGUUGAAUGGUACCGCAGGUAACAUUAUUAAGAAAAUGCUUAUGAAGUCUUUGCAGCUUUUUAUGUACAUACAACAGCCAUAAAGAAGUGGGACGUUUGCGCCGCCGAUGCUUUGAUGAGAGCCGCUGGCGGAAAACUUAUGGAUUUGGAUGGACAACCCCUCUUGUACCAAGAUAGAAGUGUUGCUAUGAAUAAAAACGGGUUAAUGGUCGCGGUACAUAAGCCUUUUGAACUGCUGACUACUUUUAGAAAAGCGAUGAAUAAAUGA